GGCUCCAGGCUGCGCAAAGAGAGGAAGAAGACGGUUUCCUUCAGCAGCAUGCCCACUGAGAAGAAGAUCAGCAGUGCGAGCGACUGCAUCAACGCCAUGGUGGACGGCUCGGAACUGAAGAAGGUCCGCUCCAACUCCCGCAUUUACCACCGCUACUUCCUCCUGGACGCUGACAUGCAGUCUCUAAGGUGGGAACCCUCCAAAAAAGAGUCAGAGAAAGCCAAAAUUGAUGUCAAGUCCAUCAAAGAGGUGCGGACAGGGAAAAACACAGAAACGUUUAGGACCAACGGAAUAUAUGAUCAGAUAUCAGAGGACUGUGCCUUCUCAAUCAUCUAUGGGGAGAACUAUGAGUCUUUGGACUUGGUUGCAAACUCUGCCGAUAUGGCCAACAUAUGGGUGACCGGGCUUAGAUACCUGAUAUCCUAUGGGAAACACACACUGAAUAUGAUUGAGAGCAACCAGAACAACAUGCGCUCCUCCUGGCUCGGUGACCUCUUUGAGCAGGCUGAUGCAAACAACAGCAAGCACAUCAGUCUAUGUGCUGCCGUGCAGCUAAUUAAAAACCUAAACCCUGGACUCAAAAACGUUAAGAUUGAACUCAAGUUUAAGGAGUUUCACAAAUCUAAAGAUAAGGUGGGAUGUGGUGUGACUAAAGAGGAGUUCAUUGAAGUCUUUCAUGACCUUUGCACAAGACCAGAAAUGUAUUUCCUUCUUGUCCAGUUCUCUAGCAACAAGGAAUUUCUAGAUACCAAGGACUUAACUAUGUUUCUGGAGGCUGAGCAGGGUAUGGCACAAGUAAGUGAAGACACCAGUCUGGAGGUCAUUCAGAGCUAUGAACCUUCGAAAGAGGGGCAGCUCAAGGGCUGGCUCUCCCUUGAUGGGUUUACCAAUUAUCUCAUGUCGCCAGAGUGCCACAUCUUUGACCCUGAACAAAAAACAGUGUGUCAGGACAUGAACCAGCCCUUGUCCCACUAUUACAUAAACGCUUCCCACAACACAUACCUGAUCGAGGAUCAGUUUAGAGGCCCCUCUGACGUUACAGGCUACAUCCGUGCCCUCAAGAUGGGCUGUCGUAGUGUAGAACUAGAUGUCUGGGAUGGACCAGAUAAUGAGCCUGUCAUUUACACUGGCCACACAAUGACCUCGCAGAUAGUCUUCUGCAGUGUCUGUGACGUCAUCAACAAAUAUGCCUUUGUUGCAUCUGACUUUCCCCUGAUAUUGUGUCUGGAGAACCACUGCUCCUUAAAGCAGCAGAGGGUCAUGUUUCAGCACUUGAAAAAGAUUCUUGGUGAUAAGAUUUACAUGGAUCCACCUUCACCUGAGGACAGCUACCUGCCCUCACCCUUUGACCUCAAGUGUAAGAUCCUGCUGAAGGGGAAGAAGCUGGGCACGACCUGCAUUAGUUCGGAGGGCGAAGUGACUGAUGAGGAUGAGGGGGCUGAGAUGUCCCAAAGAAUGAACAUUGAACCCGAUGAACAACAGAGCAUCCCACUGAAAAAGUUCCAGCUGUCCAAGGACCUCUCUGACCUGGUAACGUUGUGUAAAUCGAUUGCGUUCAAAGACUUCCCAACAGCAUUCCAAAGCCAGAAGCACUGGGAACUUUGCUCGUUCAAUGAGGUCUUUGCCAGUCGCUGUGCCAAUGACUUCCCAGGCGACUUUGUUAACUACAACAAGAAAUUAUUGGCAAGAGUCUACCCCAGCCCAAUGCGGAUCGACUCCAGUAACAUGAACCCUCAGGACUUCUGGAAGUGUGGUUGCCAGAUCGUGGCAAUGAACUACCAGACCCCCGGCCUGAUGAUGGACCUAAACAUUGGCUGGUUCCGUCAGAAUGGGAACUGUGGAUAUGUGCUGCGACCAGCCAUAAUGAGGGAGCAGGUGUCAUAUUUCAGUGCCAACACUAAAGACUCAGUACCUGGUGUGUCUCCUCAGCUCUUGCACAUAAAAAUCAUAAGUGGACAAAACUUCCCCAAACCCAAAGGCUCAGGCUCCAAAGGAGAUGUUGUUGACCCUUACGUCUAUGUGGAGAUCCAUGGCAUCCCUGCUGAUUGUGCAGAGCAAAGGACUAAAACUGUCAAUCAGAAUGGGGAGAACCCACUGUUUGACGAAAGCUUUGAGUUUCAGAUAAACCUACCUGAGUUGGCCAUGGUGCGCUUCGUGGUGCUUGAUGAUGACUACAUUGGCGACGAGUUCAUCGGCCAGUACACAAUCCCCUUUGAGUGUCUCCAGCCGGGAUUCCGGCACAUACCGUUACAAUCGCUAACGGGGGAAGUCCUUCCCCACGCCUGGCUAUUCGUCCAUGUGGCCAUCACCAACCGAAGGGGUGGGGGCAAGCCUCACAAGAGGGGACUGUCUGUGCGUAAGGGCAAGAGAAGUCGGGAGUACGCCACCAUGAGAGUUCUGGUCAUCAAGGCUGUGGAUGACAUCUUCAAGACAGCCAUACUGCCACUGAGGGAAGCCACCGACCUCAGAGAAAACAUGCAGAAUGCCAUAGUGCCCUUCAAGGAACUGUGUGGCCUCUCGGCGGUGGCCAACCUGAAGCAGUGCAUCCUGGCCCUGUCCUCCCGGCUGACGGGGGCUGACAAUAACCCCCUCCUGGUGUUCAACCUCAAGGACCAGUACCCCACCAUGGAGCCCCAGGGCCAGCUACCAGAUGUCCUGAAGAAGGUGGUCACCACCUAUGACAUGAUGAUCCAGACCAGCAAGACUCUGCUGGAGAACUCUGAGGGAGCCUACGACCGAAUACUGCUAACCCAGAAAGCAGCGAUGGAGUUCCAUGAGAACCUCCAUGACAUGGCGGUAAAGGAGGGCCUGAAGGGCAGGAAGCUGGCCAAGGCUGUGGAGAGCUUCACCUGGAACAUAACCAUCCUCAAGGGCCAGGCAGACCUGCUGAAGCACGCAAAGAGUGAAGUCCAGGAGAACCUGAAGCAGAUCCACUACGCCGCCCUCACCUGUAACCUCAGUAAGGACGGGCCAUCAGGGAGCACGGCAGGCUCCGAGUCCAGGACCCGACCACGCAGCCUGGACGCCAUCCCCGAGAAAGCCACGGGGGAGGACGAGCUUUCUGAGGAGGACAACUGAAGGCUUAUGCCCUAAACCCUUCAUACCUCAAGCACCUUGCCCUACCCUAGUGGCACUCAUACCCUCAAGCACCUUGCCCUACCCUAGUGGCACUCAUACACCCCCAAGCACCUUGCCCUACCCUAGUGGCACUCAUACACCCCCAAGCACCUUGCCCUACCCUAGUGGCACUCAUACACCCCCAAGUACCUUGCCCUACCCUAGUGGCACUCAUACCCCCCCAAGCACCUUGCCCUACUCUAGUGGCACUCAUACCCCCCCAAGCACCUUGCCCUACCCUAGUGGCAUACAUAAAUCUCCUUACCGCAGUCCCACACAAACCUAACUACAGUAUAACUGUUCUAGUGCCGUUGCCACACAACUAUUCUUAUUCCAGUGCCGUAUACAACCAUUCCAUUCACACCCCAGUCCCACUCAAACCUCCCUUUGCUUAACCCCGUACCACACAAAAAGCCCUUAACCCUUCCUGCCCACCUCAACGUCCAACAGCAAGAUGUUGCGGGUCAACUAGGAAGGCCACGUGAACUUGCAGCCACGGGACAGUCUUAAAGCAGUGACCUACUGUAGAGACAGUGCACUUAUUUACAGGCAGACCCCAGGGUCUGACCCUAGGAGAGCCGUUCUGAACGGUCCAAGGAUUUCUUAAGCACAAUUUACGGGUUUCUGACCAACCAGAAACUAGAGCUGUGAAUGUAAUAGGAAACAGGAAGAGGAACAAUGGCGAGAAGGAAAGAAGAAAAGGGAGGAGAGAGCUGUUUACAAUAAUGAACUUGUUCAUGUUUUUGUCUGCCAAAAUAGUAUGUGUAUAUAUGGAGUUCUGUUACUUUUUUUCCAACGUGCUUCAUUUUAUUAUUGUAUUCUUGAGAAAUAAGAUUUAUUUUGUAAAGGAAAUGGCUCGUCCAUGAAACAUAACUAUUUUAUUUGUCUGUGCAGAUGUGAAAUUGAGGUGUCCUUUACACUUUCCCACUGGAGAGUUCCUUUGUCGAGACAGAGGGGCGGAUAGAGACUUUAAACCUCAGUGUGUGGUCCAAGGGUGGCAGUUGAGUCUUAAACACAGCCAGCAACUGCUUUGGGAAGGAACCAUGGAGAGAGUAACGCGUUAGGCCUACGUUUUGGUGUCAUUUCACCAUUCCAUGUGAGAGGGUUGAGUGGGAUGUACAAAGUAAUAAUAGCUUCUCAACCCGUCCUGGUAACAAGCUAGCCCCCUAUUCAUGAAUACGGUUUCAUAUAUGACUGUGCCUCAUUGCUACAAAUCAGUCAACAAAGGGGAUGGAUGGUGAGGAAAGAGACACUCUUCCUCUCAUCCAUCCAUCUUAACCUGCUUUUCCCCACCAGUUGCUUCUAGUUUUGUAUUUGUCCCCUGUUCAUUCUCUCCACAGUGCUGAAACAGUGUUGCUCCUAGUCAACUUUAGCCACCCACCACUACCUCUGGAUCUCACCACCAGUGUUUUAACUGGGCCCACACUGGGACCAAAAGUAAUUCAUGAACUUCAGUGUCGUGACAGUUGUAUUUAUAACUGUUGUUAACCAUUUUUACAGAUGGAAGGGGGAAAAAAGUUUAACUGAAUACCGGUUUUGCUCUUAUCUGUUAAUUCCCAAAACCUUCAGAAUAAACUACGUCAAAUCGUU